AUGAAGGACAGCUAUGCGAACAAGCAGGGUUUCGAAAAGGAUUCAGCACGACUGAGCACAGUUUCGUUUCACACUGUUUCGAAACUCAUCGAGACAUUAUCAGAAUGCUCUCAGAGAAAACCCACUAAUGGACACGUGGAGAACACAAGCUCUGCUCCGCAAUGGGUAUUCUUCGAAAUGUUGACGCUUUCGAGUACAGCCAGACAUUGUUUUGUAAUAAUUCAAAACACAGUAUCACUGGCAAAACUUCCCGUUUUCCGUAUUAUGCAACAUGCCUCUAUAGCAUGCUCGAUAAAUCUACUGUCACAAAUUAUAGCUGCGGCAGUGACAAUCCCACAUGGAAAUAUGAAUUAUACUUUUAAUUCAAUAAACGGAGCCAUAUUCCAAGGCAGCUGGGCAGUUGAAUAUCCGAUGAUCUUAGUGGUGGCAGUAAAACGGUUUUUGGCAAUUGCUCUACCAAUCCAUGCAAGACUAUUGAGCAGUCUAAAAAUUUCUUAUGCUAUCAUCGCAUGCUGCUGGAUUUUUGGAGCUUUCAAUGCUGCUCUCUGUCUAUCUGGGCAAGUUCAAACAAUAUGGGAUGCGUACAUCCCAGGAUUUUUCUUUACAGCGCGACCAUAA